GUACUCUGGCGUCGUACGCUGAGGCCGUCGGCCGUGCUCGCCGCCUCUGCAAACGGACACUGGCCUCUCGGGCCUGGAGGCGGACCCGCACCCUUGCCGGUCACACGGACCACCGCAGUCACUGCGCGGCAGUCGGCGCCGGCCUCCGCCAAUCACGGCAUCGUCCGCCGUGCUCGUGGCGCACUCCGUGGCGUGCCGGGCGUGCUGGCCGUGCGAUAGGCCGACUGUGUGACGUAGCCCCAGGGCCAGUGUGCAUGUCGCGACCCGCCUCUGUCGGGAGGGCCGCGGUCAGAGCUGGAGGGAAGUCGCGCACUGCGCAGGGGCGUUGGCUGUGCUGACGAUGCAGAGUCAGAGUUGCUGAAGAGCAUGCCACGGAGAGUGCCGUCUCGAGAGAACACCGCGCCGCGCGCCGAGAACGGCCAGUCCACGACCGAAACCGACCGAGAACUGCGUCUUAGAAGUCAGUCUAGAAGCCACGACACAGGCCAUCACGCAGGUCACCGCGCAGGUCACGGGCCAAGUCACAGCGCAGGCCCCGCGAUGCCCCCUCAAGAGCUACUGGAGCGGCCGGAGAUUCGGCGUCGGCGGCGAUCGGACGAUUCUCCAUCAUGGAGCACAGAAUGCCAGCUGGAAUCUGGUACUGGAUCUCUUCCGGGUCUACAGUCGGUUUUGACUCCGGGGUCGGAGCCGGAGCCGAUAUCCUCCCCGGAGCCGGAGUCGGAGCCGGAGCCGGAGCGACGGCACGGCUCUCCGGAGCGAGCAGUCAGGUCUGCCUCUCCCGAGUCGGCCUCCCGACUGGCACGGAGGGCCAAACGGCAGCGGCGACUGCACGACGAGUCGACGCCGACGACGGCCGACGGUCCACAGCACCGACCGGUCAGGUCAGCGCGACGGUGUCUGUUCGGUCGGCCCGACCACGCCGAGCUGGAUCGAGCGCUCAGAGAGGAGCAGGAGGAGCUUCGGCGAGCCGAGACCCUGCGAUGGAACUUUGAUUUCCACCGUGAGCAGCCUCUGGAGGGCCGGUGGCGUUGGGAGAGGGUGGGUCGGCGAGGCCGCGCGCCCGACCGGACCCCCUGAGAGCGAGAGAGGGAGAAUCGUCUCACCUGGCAUCUCACCGAGGCUGUGGGGAUGUGAGUGUGAGAUGUGAGACUGUGAGAAUGUGUGAUGUAAGACUGGAGGAUGUUUCAGGCUGGAGAUAUAAAAGUGAUGUGGAUGGUGGAGAGCCAGAACGAGUCGAAGCGGUGACUGUAGGAUAAACAGGGUGUCGGAUCGGGCGCGUGGUGAAGUGCGCAUGAAAUUGGUAUUCAAUGUCUAAUGAAUGUAAUAGAAUAGAUAACUGUUGACAAACGCGGAAGUGCAAAUUUUUGACGAGUCCAUCUAUGUUCUAUUGAGAUAAUGUUGAAUUUUGGUGGAGGUUAUGGUUUGUGAAGGAAAGAAAUGCACUACCGAGAGGUUUAAGUUGACAGGUAAGACUUAUAAUAGGUGAUGUUAUGAUUUUGCUGCCAUUUUUGACGCUGUUACCGACGUGCCAUUAUCUUAUCAGAUGCACAUAUAUUGUUAUAUAAAUACAUAAUUACACUAAUGAA